CACCUGCGCUGAACUGCGAUAUGAAAUACAAAAAAAGCACACUGUAAAUGGCUAACUACUCGGUAUUUUCUCUCCCAAUUAUCGACUUCUGAACCAUGAUCACGAAUCCUAUUCAAGCUGAUGCGUCAAGUGUAAUGGUUGCACUACGUGUACAAGUCAUGUGAUUGUGCACUGAUUUCAAUAACUCCGUUGGCGAGUCGCCAGCCGCAGCCGGCCCACCGAACAAUACGAGCCACAAUAUCUGCUCAAUUUGUGACAUCCCGCGGCUUUAUAUUUCAUAUGUAAUCCUGUGGCUACCGCGUGCUCCUCACGCACACACACGCGCGCGCACGUUACAUACCGAGUUGAGGAGCCGCGCGAGUAUUAUUGUUUUGCCUGAACAUCUUGGUACUGAACUAAACUAAAAUUAAAUUGUAUUGUGAAAUGAUUCUGGUUAAAUAAUCGCUUUUUUAAGAAAUCAAACGUUAAAUUUCGGAGAAAUUUCCAAAAGUUAAAAGAAAAACAAUUAUCUCGGGAACUGCCCACUGAACUUCGCCCAUACAUACAUACACAUGCAUGGGGGCUUAGUUUAUUGCCCUUGGGCGUCGUGUUAGCUCCUUCCGGAUAUACGUUCAAUUACAUGUAACCCUGUAUUGUGUGUUUUGUUCAAAAUUUUAAGAAAUAAUAUAUAUGUACUUACCGCAGUACAUAAAUAACUGAACAUGUACUAAUUCAUUAGAUACAAUUUAGGUAUAUGAUAAUAAAAGCUUGUAGCGCAAUUUGAAAUUUUAACAAGCUGUUUUUAGGGUUGUUUUGCUUUUAAUUUCUUUUUUAUGUUUUAGUUAUCGCUGGCUAGGUCUCUAAGUCUGUUCAUCUCGUUUAAAGCAUCAUAUUGUAGAUAUAACUAUUCCGCCAUCUUGGGUGGAUCGGAUUUAGAAUUACCUACAUCAUAUAGCAUAUCGUGCAUUGGCAUUUUGUAUACAAAAUUUCAGCUCAAUUUAUGGAAGAUAAUUACUUCAAAAUUGUAUUCAAAGAAUCCACCAUAACAUAAACACAUAAUUGCAAGUUAACUAAAACUUUUAAAAUGACCAAGUACAAACCGAACGCGACUGAACUACUUCAUUGCUUGCGUGGUCGACCGGGAGAAUGAGGGGGGGGGGGCACUAUAUUACCGCUUUACUUAGCAAGAAUUAUGCAAGGGAUCUUAUUCAGGUCAAGACGCACGCUUGAUGUAUUAAAAUUCAAAUCUACUAGGUAAGAUCGAUGUUUUGACUCUCUGUUAGUAAUUCUUAUCAGAAUAAAAAUAACGGCGUAAAGGGCUACGUUCAGUGUAGGGUUCCUCAACUAUAAGGCCUUUAUUUUAUAAAGUAACCAUCAAAUGCUGAUUUUGAGCUUGCUUCAAAUUACUUUUUAUCUGAAAAAAGUGAAGUAGGCACCCUUUUUUUUUCUCUCGUACUUAGUUAUUUUAGUUUCCAUGCUUAACUUUAACGGAUACGUAACUAGAUACGUGAUGUUUUGUGGUUACGGAGUUGUCCAGAAUCGUGAACCAAAAAGACUACGUUCAAGAAUGCAAUCCACCAUUGCACCAGAUCACUGGAUCCAGGGGGCGGUGGAGAACCAUGUGCUUCCCCUGGGUCUGGACUGAACGUCAGGCGGACCACUAUUUGUGACAACGUGCUGAAAAAAUUACGCUCUUUUUAAGACGCUUUUAUCUAAGUACAUAAUAAUGUUUAAUGCUCUAACUAUUUAAAAUAUCGCGCCAUUUUCUGCUUUGUUCCUUCUUUAUAUUAAAAUAUAGUUUUAAACGAAACUUCUCCCGUAAAUCUCGCAACUACUCCUUUCUACUCGACGGGACAGUUAACAAGGGAUAGAUAUGUUAUUGUUUCUGCUUUCUGGAGCUGAAAAAAAAUUGGUGCCCGCUUUGCUCGCGCUUCCAUACUUACCUAUAUAAUUGCAUUAUUUCCUUCCUUCAUGACUGACACAAACAAAUGUCAGCAAACUCAGCUUUAUUAUACCGGGUGUAUCAUACCUACUUAAUCACAUUAACCGUCGUCAGUUGCACAAGGCUCCGUUAAAGUGAAAGCUUCAUUGCUGACUAUUGCUGACACUAUCUUGUUGACAAAGAUAGAGUCAGCAAUAGAUUUAAAGAAGCUUUAACUUUAAUGGGGCUUUGUGGUUAACUGCCGGUUAAUCCUAUCACAUAUAUGUACCUACUUUAUGAUACUUAUUCUAUUUGGCGAAUUGUAAAAAAAUUACCUAAUUCAUUCAGUGGUUUGGCCACAGGAGUCAUUUUUCGUUUUCAUAAUUUAUAACAUCAUGUAUAAAGCAGAGAAAGUUUGGAGUAUUAAAUGUUUUGACCAGUUGGCAGCUGUCAGUUUCCAAGAAACAAAAUCCGUUGUUUGUUAUUUAGGUUGUUAAAUAGUGACCGAUACUUGAUUACAGCUUGUUAAUACAUAUGUUAUAAAUAUUUUAAAAGAUUUUUAAUUUUUUUUUAAGCGCAAUUUAAAUGAGUUUGAAGUUGCGCUUAAAAAAUGUUUAGCUACCGUACGAAUGUUCUAAGGUCCAGCUGUAGUAAUUGCUGUAUUCCACAACACACUUUUUUACGCUUGCGGAAUACCACAGGGAUUAGGUUUCUACCAGUAAGGAUAUUAUUUUAUUUAUUUAGUUGAUAUAUGGCUCAGUAGGAGAAGGUAUAUGAAACGCGGCGGUCCGGCGGCGGCAGAGCGGCGCGCGGUGCCGGCGGCACUCCGCGGCCGCGCUCCGCCUCGCCCGCACGUGCACCGCGCCGCGCUCUCGUCGCGCUACCACUCGCGUCUUGUUUUGUAAAUAUCGUCCACGUGCAUACGUCGCGUCGGCUGCGCUGCCACACAUGCCACUACAUACCAGAGACAUUCCACAACUUAAACAUUAUACUGAUGCCGUGAAAAUUACUAGAAAAAAAAACUAUCUCAAAGUUUUACGAGCAUUCUUAAAAUUUAAUUAAUUCACAAAUUCUACAUCACAAGCGUCUGCAUCAAGAACAUGACAAUACUCAAAAGACGAAGAAUGAUAGUUACAAAAAAAUCAUAUGAGAACGACGUGUGGUCAUUCUGACCGUGAAGCUAUAACUUUAUGAUAAGUACAUCAGUGAGCAGGAAUAUCGUUGCACCUGGUCGCUAGUGGCGAGCGUCAUCGAUGCUAGCAGCACGCCGGCGGCGAGCGGGUCAUGGUGCUGGCGGUGCUCGCGGCGCUGGCGGCGCUGGCGGCCGGCCCGGGCGCGCCGCCGCGCCGGCUGCGGCCCACUCACCUCAGCUCCGACACCUACGAGUACGAGCUGCUUAAUAUCACUGCGUUUUUUGAAAAUGGAGCUCGAAUCAUUCCCUCGUCUGACCUCCUGCUAUUCAUUGACAGCUUAUCACCAGAGAAACUCCAAAGGUACAAGAGGGAAUCGCACUCCCUAAUAGGAACAUUUGACAUAUCUAAAAUGUUUAAGAAAAAAAAGUUGAAGAGUAAGCAGAACUAUGAACUGAGACCGAGCGCAUCUUCACUACAAGGCGGAGUGCCUUCAGCGUCCGCGCCGGCAGCCGCCAGCGCCCCGCAGGAGCCUCGCACCGCUGCCCACUAUACACCGCAGCACUUGUUCUCGAACGUUACCAUGCAGCCCGUCGCCAACGUCGGCAACAAUUUGUUUACUAUUCCAGCGCGGAUCAUACCCACUGAAAGCUAUCAUAUCCUACCUAUGACAAUUUCACACGAAACUGUUAAGCCCAAGUUGAAGGUAAAAUCGGCUCGAAAAUCUAAAAAUGCAUUAAAAACUUCAACUAGUGUUGCAAGUAACGACAACAUCCGGCGUGAAGCCAGACUAGUUCCGAAGAAGAAAGUGUCGGAGAACGAGACGCUGUGGCCCGUGAAGCACGCCGCCGUCGUGGACGGAGACAUCAUCCUGGGCGGGCUCAUGAUGGUGCACAGCCGGUCGGAGGGCGCCACGUGCGGGCCGGUGAUGGCGCAGGGCGGCGUGCAGGCGCUGGAGGCCAUGCUGUUCGCACUGGACGCGGCGGCGCGCGCGGGACUGACGCCGCCCGCCGUGCGGCUGGGCGCGCACGUGCUCGACGACUGCGACAACGACACCUACGGCCUCGAAAUGGCGUUAGACUUCAUCAAGGGAUCAAUCAGCAACAUAGAUGACGAGGAGUACGCAUGCAACGCAAGCGCCGUGCGCAAGGUGAUCAGUGGCGUGGUCGGCGCCGCCAGCAGCGUCACCUCCGUGCAGGUGGCCAACCUGCUGCGCCUCUUCAAGAUCCCGCAGGUGUCGUUCUUCUCGACGUCGCCGGAGCUGUCGAACAAGGCGCGCUUCGAGUACUUCACGCGCACCAUCCCCUCCGACCUGCACCAGGUGCGCGCCAUGGUGGAGAUCGUCAAGAAGCUCGGCUGGCGCUAUGUCUCUAUUAUUUAUGAGGAAUCUAACUAUGGCAUCAAAGCAUUUGAAGAACUAGAAACACUUUUAGCUCGGAACGACAUCUGCAUAGCUGUGAAAGAACGGCUGGUGAAGGACUCGGGCGAGGCAGACGAGCGCGCGUACGACGCCAUCGUGACGCGCCUGCUGAGCCGGCCGCGCGCGCGAGGCGUCAUCGUCUUCGGUUCCGACCAAGAGGUGGCGGGCGUGAUGGCGGCCGUGCGCCGCAUGCGCGCCACCGACGCCUUCGGCUGGGUGGGCUCGGACGGCUGGAGUGCGCGCGCGCUCGUGUCCGACGGGAACGAGGCCGCCGUCGAGGGCACCAUCAGCGUGCAGCCGCAAGCCAACCCAGUGCAGGGCUUUCGGGAGUACUUCCUCAAUCUUACGGUGGAAAAUAACCCCAGGAAUCCCUGGUUUGUCGAGUUCUGGGAGGAUCAGUUCAAGUGUAGAUACCCAGGCAGUGCGCGCACCCCGUACAACGUGCAGUACUCACGAGCAUGCUCGGGCGCCGAGCGGCUGUCGCCCGACAACAUCGAGUUCGAGGCGCAGCUGCAGUUCGUGACGGACGCCGUGCUCGCGUUCGCGCACGCCAUCAGGGACAUGCACGCGGAGCUGUGCGGCGGCAAGCCGGGGCUGUGCGACGCGAUGCGGCCCGCCAGCGGCGCCACGCUGCUGCGCUACCUGCGACAAGUGCGCUUCAUAGGUCUCAGUGGAGACGAGUUCCACUUUGACAGUAAUGGAGAUGGACCAGCGCGAUAUAAUAUUUUGCACUUCAAGCAAGUUUCACCGGGAGUGUACCGCUGGCUGAAGGUCGGCCAGUACCUGGACGGGGAACUUCAUUUGGAUAUGGAUGAGAUACAGUUCAAGUGGGGCGAGCGCCACCCGCCGGAGUCGGUGUGCAGCGCGGAGUGCGAGUUGGGCCAGGCCAAGCAGUACGUGGAGGGCGAGAGCUGCUGCUGGCACUGCUUCAACUGCACGCAGUACGAGAUUCGAUCACCAGAUAAAGAGACUGCAUGUGAGGAGUGUCCACUGGGUACUCUGCCAGGUGCGACGCGCACGCACUGCGCGCCCGUGCCCGAGCUGUACUUGCGGCCCGACUCGCCCGCCGCCAUCGGCGCCAUGGCGUUCUCCGCGCUGGGCAUGCUGCUGACCACGUUCGUGCUGGUGGUGUGGGCGCUGCGCGGCGACACGCCGGUGGUGCGUGCCAGCGGCCGCGAGCUGUCCUUCGUGCUGCUGGCCGGCAUCAUGAUGUGCUACCUCGUCACCUUCGCGCUCGUCUUCAGGCCAACCGAUGUGCUCUGCUCCCUACAGCGGUUCGGCACGGGCUUCUGCUUCACGGUGGUGUACGCGGCGCUGCUCACCAAGACCAACCGCAUCGCGCGCAUCUUCGCCGCCAGCAAGCACUCGGCGCGCCGGCCCUCGCUCAUCUCGCCCAAGUCGCAGCUCUUCAUCUGCUCUGUCCUAGUCUCUAUUCAAGUGGUGAUCGUGGUGGUGUGGCAGGUGAUCUCGCCGGCUCGCGCCAUCCACCACCACCCUGCGCGCGAGGACAACAUGCUGGUGUGCGACGCGUAUGUGGACGCGUCCUACACCAUCGCCUUCUUCUACCCCGUCGUGCUGAUCCUCGUGUGCACCGUGUACGCCGUGCUCACGCGCAAGAUUCCCGAGGCCUUCAACGAGAGCAAGCACAUCGGUUUCACCAUGUACACGACGUGCGUGAUCUGGCUGGCGUUCGUGCCGCUGUACUUCGGCACGGCGUCGCACGUCCCGCUGCGCGUCACCAGCAUGGCCGUCACCAUCUCGCUCAGCGCCAGCGUCACGCUCGUCUGUCUCUUCUCGCCUAAGCUGUAUAUUAUCAUCGUGCACCCGGAGCGCAACGUACGCGCGAGUCUGAUGCCUCCGCGCUGGCGCUCAGUCGGCGCGGCGGGCGACGCGUGCGCGCGGGGCGCGGCCGGCGGCGCCGUGUGUGCCGCGCUGGUGGGCGCCGCGCCGUUGCCGCGCGCGCCCGACCUCACGCCUUCCACCGACCUGUCCACACUCAACGACACCGAGCGGACUUCGACAGACAGACAAGUGCAAACAGAGGAGACGGCAUUGUACCCUCGCGUGGAAGGGGGCCUCGCCGAUGGGCUGCGCAGAGAAGUGGAGAGCGCCGUGCGCUUGGAGCCGCGGCGGCUGGCGGGUGGCCUGCCCGCGUUCCCGCCGCACGACGCGCCGCCGCCGCUCGCCGUCGCCGUCGCCAUCGUCGGCGCACACAUACCCUUAUAGCGUGCGCCGCCGCAGCGCCCGCGCACUGUCCGCGCCCCGCGCCUGCCCGUGCUCGUGUAAAUACGAAACAUCACAUCCUGGCCUUUCCAGGUUGUUAGCACAGAUAAAUGACUGCUCUACCACUUAUUGUUGAAUUAUUUUAGUGUUAUGUGCCAAAGCCAUGUUGCGUAUUGUAAAUAGAUUAUACCAAAACAUAAAUGUUACAUUAUAAGAUGCCUAGAAUAAGAUUAAAAAACGAACCAAUUUGUGAUAUUAGAUAAAAUAAAUAAUAAUAAAAAAUACUUAAUAAUAAUAAAUAUUUUGUGUCGCCAUUUCAUUAAAGUUGUCUCAAAAGGGCUUCAGCGUGUUGGCUUCGGCCCCACGUUCGCCUUCCAAAAAUCCGGGACUC